UGGCGAAGGGUAAAGGGUCGGAGUCACAUGGAUACAAGGCUUUUGAUUAAUGUCCAAGUCACUGCUGUGGCUGCCGAAGCCGCUUCCCCUCCAGCCCCGGCCGUGUGAGGCCAGAGCAGCGGGGCCGGGCGCGCAGGGCCUGGCCGGAGCCCCCACUCCCAGGAGUUUCUUCAGCGGAGCCCCGCGUCCCCCGCGCCGGGAUUUCAGCCCGAUCCCCUCCUCUCCCUGCGCCCAGCCUCUCCCCAGCAUGUAAAGUCUUCUGUCUCUCCUCGGAGUUGGCGGAGGCGGCAACUUUCCAUUCUCGCCGCCGGGGGCCGGGCAGCAGCGGGCGCGCGGGUCAGCACCGCCGCCGACCAUGAGCGAGGACAGCCGCGGAGACAGCCGCGCCGAGAGCGCCAAGGACCUGGAGAAGCAGCUCCGCCUGCGCGUGUGCGUGCUCAGCGAGCUCCAGAAGACCGAGCGGGACUAUGUGGGCACGCUGGAGUUCUUGGUGUCGGCAUUCUUACACCGAAUGAACCAGUGUGCAGCAUCAAAAGUUGACAAAAAUGUGACAGAAGAAACAGUGAAGAUGUUGUUCUCAAACAUUGAAGACAUCCUUGCAGUACAUAAAGAAUUCUUAAAAGUCAUGGAAGAAUGCUUACACCCCGAACCUAAUGCUCAACAAGAAGUGGGAACCUGCUUUCUUCAUUUUAAAGACAAGUUUCGUAUCUAUGAUGAAUAUUGUAGUAACCAUGAGAAGGCACAAAAAUUACUUCUUGAACUCAACAAAAUAAGAACAAUCCGGACAUUUCUUUUGAACUGCAUGCUGCUUGGAGGACGGAAGAACACAGAUGUUCCCUUGGAAGGAUAUUUAGUAACACCAAUACAAAGAAUAUGCAAGUACCCUCUUAUUUUGAAGGAGUUGCUGAAGCGGACUCCACGGAAACACAGUGACUAUGCAGCAGUGAUGGAAGCCCUCCAAGCCAUGAAAGCUGUCUGUUCCAACAUAAACGAGGCCAAGAGACAGAUGGAGAAGUUAGAAGUUUUAGAGGAAUGGCAGUCUCACAUUGAAGGCUGGGAGGGGUCCAACAUCACUGACACCUGCACUGAAAUGCUAAUGUGUGGAGUCUUACUGAAAAUUUCUUCUGGAAAUAUUCAAGAGCGGGUGUUUUUUCUUUUUGAUAAUCUUUUGGUGUACUGCAAAAGAAAACACAGACGGUUGAAGAACAGCAAGGCAUCUACAGAUGGACAUCGGUACCUUUUUCGUGGCCGGAUCAACACGGAGGUGAUGGAAGUGGAGAACGUGGAUGAUGGCACCGCUGAUUUCCAUAGCAGUGGACACAUUGUUGUUAAUGGAUGGAAGAUACAUAACACAGCAAAAAAUAAAUGGUUUGUUUGUAUGGCAAAAACGCCUGAAGAGAAGCAUGAAUGGUUUGAAGCUAUUUUGAAAGAAAGAGAACGGCGGAAAGGUUUAAAAUUAGGAAUGGAGCAAGAUACCUGGGUCAUGAUCUCUGAACAGGGUGAGAAACUUUAUAAAAUGAUGUGCAGACAAGGAAAUCUGAUCAAAGACAGAAAAAGGAAACUGACUACGUUCCCUAAAUGCUUUCUUGGAAGUGAAUUUGUGUCAUGGCUGUUGGAAAUUGGAGAGAUUCACAGACCUGAGGAAGGCGUGCACUUGGGACAAGCAUUAUUAGAAAAUGGAAUCAUUCACCAUGUUACUGAUAAACAUCAGUUCAAACCAGAACAGAUGUUAUAUAGAUUUCGCUAUGAUGAUGGAACAUUUUAUCCAAGAAAUGAGAUGCAGGACGUGAUUUCAAAGGGUGUAAGAUUAUAUUGUCGUCUUCAUAGCCUUUUUACUCCAGUGAUAAGAGAUAAAGAUUACCAUUUAAGGACCUACAAAUCUGUGGUCAUGGCCAACAAACUGAUAGACUGGUUAAUUGCACAGGGAGAUUGCCGCACCAGAGAAGAGGCAAUGAUAUUUGGCGUUGGACUCUGUGACAAUGGAUUUAUGCACCAUGUCCUUGAAAAAAGCGAAUUCAAAGAUGAACCCCUACUUUUCCGUUUUUUUUCGGAUGAGGAAAUGGAAGGAUCAAAUAUGAAACAUCGACUUAUGAAACAUGACUUAAAAGUUGUGGAAAAUGUCAUAGCUAAGUCAUUAUUGAUUAAAUCCAAUGAAGGCAGCUAUGGCUUUGGGCUAGAAGACAAAAAUAAAGUGCCAAUAAUAAAGUUGGUAGAAAAGGGAUCUAAUGCUGAGAUGGCUGGCAUGGAAGUCGGGAAAAAGAUUUUUGCUAUUAAUGGUGACCUAGUUUUUAUGAGACCUUUCAAUGAAGUGGAUUGCUUCCUGAAAUCUUGUUUAAACAGCAGAAAACCUCUAAGAGUUCUUGUGAGCACAAAACCAAGAGAGACGGUGAAAAUUCCAGAUUCAGCUGAUGGACUUGGCUUCCAGAUCCGAGGAUUUGGCCCUUCUGUUGUGCAUGCUGUAGGAAGAGGAACUGUGGCUGCAGCAGCUGGUCUUCACCCUGGACAGUGUAUUAUCAAGGUGAACGGAAUCAAUGUCAGCAAAGAGACACAUGCCAGUGUCAUUGCACACGUUACAGCCUGCAGGAAGUACAGGCGGCCAAUGAAGCAAGAUUCCAUACAAUGGGUUUAUAAUAGCAUUGAGAGUGCUCAAGAAGACCUUCAAAAAUCUCACUCCAAGCCUCCUGGAGAUGAAGCAGGGGAUGCUUUUGACUGUAAAGUAGAAGAGGCUAUUGACAAAUUCAACACUAUGGCCAUCAUUGAUGGGAAGAAGGAGCAUGUGAGUCUGACAGUGGACAAUGUCCACCUGGAGUAUGGGGUCGUGUAUGAGUACGACAGCACAGCUGGCAUCAAAUGCAAUGUGGUGGAAAAGAUGAUUGAGCCCAAAGGUUUCUUCAGCUUAACUGCCAAGAUUCUUGAAGCCCUGGCUAAAAGUGAUGAGCAUUUUGUACAAAACUGUACCAGCCUAAAUUCUCUAAAUGAAGUGAUUCCUACUGACCUUCAGAGUAAAUUCAGUGCCCUUUGCAGUGAAAGAAUUGAACAUAUAUGUCAGAGAAUAUCCAGUUAUAAAAAGUUUUCUCGUGUAUUGAAGAAUAGAGCCUGGCCUACUUUUAAACAGGCCAAAUCUAAAAUCUCCCCACUGCACAGCAGUGAUUUCUGCCCUACCAACUGCCAUGUCAACGUGAUGGAAGUUUCUUAUCCCAAAACAUCAACCUCUUUGGGAAGUGCAUUUGGUGUUCAGUUGGAUAGUAGGAAGCAUAAUUCUCAGGAUAAAGAAAACAAAUCUUUGGAGCAAGGGAAACUGAGCCCUAUGGUGUACAUUCAGCACACCAUCACAACCAUGGCGGCCCCUUCAGGUCUGUCUCUGGGACAGCAGGAUGGCCAUGGUCUCAGGUAUCUGCUAAAAGAAGAAGACUUAGAAACCCAAGACAUCUAUCAGAAACUGCUGGGCAAACUUCAGACUGCACUGAAAGAGGUGGAGAUGUGUGUUUGUCAAAUAGAUGACCUUCUGUCUUCAAUAACAUAUUCUCCUAAAUUAGAACGUAAGACAUCAGAGGGCAUAAUACCAACAGACAGUGACAAUGAGAAGGGAGAAAGAAACAGCAAACGGGUAUGUUUUAAUGUAGCAGGAGAUGAACAGGAAGAUUCUGGUCAUGAUACCAUCAGCAACAGAGACUCUUACAGUGACUGCAACAGCAAUAGGAAUUCCAUCGCCUCCUUCACCAGCAUCUGCAGCAGCCAGUGCAGCUCGUAUUUCCACAGUGAUGAAAUGGACUCAGGUGAUGAACUUCCCCUAAGUGUUCGCAUAUCUCAUGAUAAACAGGACAAGAUACAUAGUUGCCUUGAGCAUCUUUUCAGCCAGGUGGAUUCAAUUACCAAUCUCCUAAAAGGGCAGGCUGUCGUGAGGGCCUUUGACCAAACCAAGUAUCUCACUCCAGGCCGAGGAUUGCAAGAAUUUCAACAGGAAAUGGAACCAAAAUUGAGUUGUCCAAAAAGGCUACGGCUUCAUAUCAAGCAAGAUCCUUGGAAUCUUCCCAGCAGCGUCCGGACUCUUGCUCAGAACAUCAGGAAAUUUGUUGAAGAAGUAAAGUGUAGGAUACUCCUGGCUCUUCUUGAAUAUUCAGAUAGUGAGACACAGCUCCGUAGAGACAUGGUUUUCUGCCAGACUCUUGUGGCCACUGUCUGUGCCUUCUCUGAGCAGCUCAUGGCGGCCUUGAACCAGAUGUUUGACAACAGCAAGGAAAAUGAGAUGGAAACUUGGGAAGCCAGCAGGAGGUGGCUGGACCAGAUAGCGAAUGCAGGUGUUCUUUUUCACUUUCAGUCACUUCUGUCACCAAACUUGACAGAUGAACAAGCCAUGUUAGAAGACACGCUGGUUGCACUAUUUGAUUUGGAAAAGGUUUCCUUUUACUUUAAACCAUCAGAAGAGGAACCCCUGGUUGCAAAUGUUCCUCUUACAUAUCAAGCAGAAGGAAGUCGGCAAGCUCUGAAAGUUUACUUCUACAUUGAUAGUUAUCAUUUUGAACAACUUCCUCAACGGUUGAAAAAUGGAGGAGGGUUUAAAAUUCAUCCUGUUCUUUUUGCACAAGCCCUGGAGAGCAUGGAAGGAUAUUAUUACAGAGACAAUGUUUCUGUGGAAGAAUUUCAAGCUCAGAUAAAUGCAACCUCACUGGAAAAGGUCAAACAGUACAACCAGAAGCUCAGGGCAUUCUACCUGGACAAGUCAAAUUCACCACCAAACUCCACAUCCAAAGCUGCCUAUGUAGAUAAGCUAAUGAGGCCACUCAACGCUUUGGAUGAACUUUACCGACUGGUAGCCUCGUUUAUCAGAUCCAAGCGCACAGCUGCCUGUGCAAACACAGCUUGCAGUGCCUCUGGGGUUGGACUGCUGUCAGUUUCCUCGGAGCUGUGCAACAGGCUAGGCGCCUGCCACGUCAUCAUGUGCAGCAGCGGUGUGCAUCGGUGCACCCUGAGCGUGACGCUGGAGCAAGCCAUCAUUCUGGCCAGAAGCCACGGACUGCCACCUCGCUACAUCAUGCAGGCUACAGAUGUGAUGCGGAAGCAGGGAGCAAGAGUUCAGAACACAGCGAAGAAUUUGGGAGUCAGAGACCGGACCCCACAGUCUGCACCAAGGCUGUACAAGCUGUGCGAGCCGCCUCCCCCAGCUGGAGAAGAAUGAAAAGAAUUCCCAAGAAACCAGGCAGGCAGAAGCUCCUGAAUGCUGGACUAGACAAACUACAUGCUGGCUAAACAUUCUCCACUGACGAUAAAUCAAUGCUUUUUUUUUUUUUUUUUUUCUGUAAAUCUUUCUCCCCAUUGCAAACAAGUAGUGUUCAGUUUACACUUGGAUAUUUAUGCUGGAAAUGGAUAGAAGUUCAGAGAGUUCAGCUUCACAAACUGAUGUCUCUGUGUAUUGACAUUAAGUAUUCACUUUUAGAGUAAAAUCCAUCCCUGGAACAUAAAGAAAAAAAUAUUAGAGAUUUAAAUAUUAACCACCAUGCCUCCUCUCCCAUUCAUUAAAAUUGUUUUAUUAGGUUUGUUUUCAUCUUUUCCAAGUGGACACAUGUAAUACUGGAGAGUUCCUCUUGAAGAAAGCUAUUAUUGAAGAAACCUGGCGACAUCUUGCAAAUCAUCAUGAAAAAUGUUAAGAACAAUAUAGACUGUGUGUGGUAUACAUUUUCAGUCCCCCGUUUGCCAGAGAGAAAGUCAUUAAUGUGUAAAAGGUGGAAAAGCGUGCUUUACUCUUUCUCCUAAGGGCUUAUUUCUUAUUAGAGGAGAAGAAAGCUGAUUAAGGCCUCCAGCAGGACUCACUUUCUUCUAGCUGCCUUUGGGCAUCCUUUAUUCUUGUGGACAGCUCUAGCAAAUCAAUGCUAUUUUUGGUGUCUGCAAUGGGCAGACCUUUUAACUUAGAUACCUAAAACUCUUAAUUUUAUAUGAGAGGUCAGACUCUUCAAGGAAUACACCAUCAUGAGAAUUUUUCUGUCAAGAUAUAUGUAUAAGAUAUGAAAAUAAGGCUUUAUUUGUACUUUAAAAGGACAAUUAGGGAACUUGAUAAUUUGUGGACGCACAAGGUGUAUUCUAUCCUUAUUUUAAAGUAUAUGUAAUGUUUAUCAUUUCUACAUUGAUGCAAUAACAUUGUUCUUAGCAUAAUAAAUACAGUAAUAUUUAUUUUAAAUCCAUAAUUUUCAAACAAAAUACUCAUGAUUGUGAUAAUUAUAUUGGUUUACAUUAGUUUAGUAUGUGAAAUGCUUUUCAUAUCUAAAAUAUGUGCAAACAAUUAUUAUUAAUAUUAUUAUUAUUUUUUGAAACUGAGUCUCACUCUGUUACCCAGACUGGAGUGCAGUGGUGCAAUCUUGGCUCGCUGCACCCUCCACCUUCCGGGUUCAAGCCAUUCUCUUGCCUUAGCCUCCCAAGAGCUGGGACUACAGGCAUGCACCACCAUGCUCAGCUAAUUUUUGUAUUUUUAGUAGAGAUGGGUUUUCACCAUGUUGGCCAGGCUGGUCUUGAACUCCUGACAUCAAGUAAUCCGCCCACCUCAGCCUCCCAAAGUGCUAGGAUUACAGGCUUGAGCCACUGCUCCCGGCCCAUUAUUAAAUUUUAAUUUAUGAAAUUUGAUCAUGGUUUUCAAACUGUUACUAAAAACCUUUGUCAUUAGCCAUUAUGUAUUGAAUAACAAAAAUACCAUGUUACAUGUAUAGGCAAUAUGUGUAUACUACUAGGUAAGGUUAAUAAUAAUUGUUAUUUGGCACAGAAGCUCUUGAGACUUUUGUGAGAAGUCCAUAUAUAAUGAAAAACAAGGAACCUAACAUCAGAGUUUUCAAGAAAAAGUUGAACAUUUUGAAUUUAAUAAAGAUAUUUUUACAUAAAUAUCUUAACUUUCAAGGAUUUAACAUUCGUAGGGCUAAUGAGAGAAAACAGCUGAUUAGCUAGCAAGUCCUUUCAUAUUGUCAUGACUGUUUUCUCAUCACCAUCCCGGAAGCAGUAAUCCUCAUUAGAGGCAUGAGAGUCAUUAAAAUGAUUUCAGUUGUACUUUGCCAUAUUUCAUGGGGCAAAUUAUCAGCUAUUGUGGUAUUUAUAAGCUAACAUAUUUUAUAUUUUUAAGGAUCUACUUUCUUCAUAAUAGAAUGUGCUUCAUAUUAUUUUUAGGGUUAAACAUAAGUGUGUCGUCUAUCAUGCUUGGUACUUACUAAAUGCUCAAAAAUAGUAAUGGUUUAUAUUAACAUCAGUCACUAUAACUUCUGAUCAUAAUAAAAAUUGUAGCUAACACUUAUUAAGGGAUUCCUACAUGCCCAGUAAUACCUCCAAUUGCUUUGCCUGUAUUCUGUUGUUAUUGCUUCACUUAAUCCUCAUAAUAAUGACGUGACAUGGUACUCUUUUUAUCGCGCCCAUUUUUAGAGUUGAGGAACCAAAGCAAAGAAUAACCCAGUGACUUGCACAAAGUCACAUGAUUGACAAGGGGUAGAACCAAAAUUUGAACCCAGGAAGUCUGCCUUCUUAAUGCAUUAUGCUACUUUUCCUUAUCAAUAUAAGAACUAUUGUAAUAUUACAAUGAUUUGUAAGUACAUUUGGAGUUAUGUGGCAUGUGUUGUCAUUAAAUUAUACAUCUUGUAUUAAAAAACGGUGAAUGGAAAUAUGUAAAAUGCUUUAAUUAUGUGAAAAUUAUAGUAUUUCCUGGACAUUUUACAACUCUGGAUGCACAUUUUGAGGUAACUCAACAGUGUUGCAAUCUGAAAAACUAUUUUGUAUCGUAUUCCUCCUCAUCAAAAAUAACAGUUUUAGAUAGUACAUCGCAUAAAACUUUAUAAUAAUUCCAACACAGUGGUAAGAGUAAAAAACAUUCCUAAUGGAUGAAUGAAUAAUGACAAUUUCUUCAAUGCCAUAUGUACCUCCAUGUGACAUUGGGCAUUAAGUGGCCUUGAGGUUUUAGGAUGUGUUUACCUUAAUGCUACAUGCUCCUCUAUAACCAGUGCACCUUCAAAUACUGCUAAAACCUGCUAACUUCUUCCAGGUUCUGAGCAUGGACAACUCCCACCCCCACCGCCAACCUAAAAGGGAAGGUCAUGCAUAGAAAUUUUGGAUCUUAACUUAGGGCCCGACUCAAAAAUAAUUGUGAACUAAAAAUUCAUAGUCAAUACAUCUUAAGCAUUCUAUUAUCUCCUAUAAUUUUUUCUAAUAUUAAUUCCAAAUAUUACAAAAUUUAAUGUGAUAUUAAAGUAUGAAAAAUUUGAGAAGAUUAGAAUUUUACAUGUAUUUCCAUUCCUAUUUAAAGGGAGAAAAGGGGGAGAGAAUUUCUGUGCCAGUUUUACUUAUAUUGGAUAUAUAAUAUUGAACUUAUAAUAUAAGCUUUAUCAGUUCGCAAAUCUGAAGUCUCAUACUGUUUUCUAUCUCUUUAAAACACAUUCUUCUGGUGGCUUGGAUUCACCAUGCAUUCAUUGGCCACUCUUCUUGCAGCGAAUUUUGAAUCAGUUUAAAAUUAGGUAAACUUUUGAUGAUACUAUAAUAUAUAUGACAUUGAAAUGACAUUGGUUCUGAGUCUAUUAAUUUAAAUUUGGGGAUCAUUGCAUUCAGAAUGAAAUGAAAUUGACCUUGACACUAACUUUGAAAGCCAAGAAAAUGAAUGGGUAAACAAAGCCUAAGGGUCAUGUUAAUUAAUUUAACAAAACAAACUAUUUUCAAUCCUUUGUUUGGGCUUAUACAUUUUAUAGACAAAAUUAGUAUUGAUUUGGAAGUGUUCAGUUGAGAGUAAAUGACUCUGUGUUUUGAAACUAAUACCUUUGCAUUUAAAAUACUAAAGUAUUAUUUUGUUAGUUCAAGUAGAUAUUUUUCUGUGUAGCAUGAUUUAAUGCAGAGCAGUGGGUAUAUUUUUAUUCACUUAUACUUUUAAAAAGCCAUAAUAUUGAAAUUUAAAAUGAAUAGUCUUACUUUGAGGUCAUUUUUACUUUACAUUUUACUUUAAAGGUCAUUUUUUAGACUUUAUGCGCUAGUGGUAUUGAAACUAACCUUUAAUAUUUGACUAAAUUGCUUGUGAAUUUUUGGAAACUAUGUUUAAUUUUUAAAGACAUUGUUAUGUGAAUUAUCUUACUAAAUUAUCACUUAAGAACUCUCUCAUAGCAGUAAUUUCAUUAACACGUAUAUAUACUAACCAAUUUGCUAAAUGAAUUGUCAGUUGUCCUGCUCAAGUACAAGGGCCAAGCUUUGCAAUGACUUAAAGUGAUCUGAAUUUUGAUUGAGAAAAAUAAUCUGUCUUCUGUCGAAUGUUUGAACUUUUAGUGAUGAGCCUCAGCAAAGUUUCACCCUGCAUGAAGCAGAACAGGUGGGGGAAAAUUACAAGAGGGGUCUGUACCAAAAAUGGCCCCAGGAUAUUCCACUGAACAAAUAUUGACCAUUAUCUUCCUAGGUGCUGCAACUCCAUACCAGUCAUUACAGUUAGUCUUUGGUUUCACAAAAAUGUUACUGCUUCAGAGGCUUGGCAUUAACAGUGAUGUCAGCAUUCAUAUUGCCAACCAUCUGCUGGUCAUACAUGGAAGACUGUUGAAGUGUGGUCUGUGCAUCAUUGAGCAAUUGUUAUAUAGACACAAGGCUUGCUUCACUCAGGAUAGCUUGCUCCUUUCACUGAGAAGAGAUACCUGAAACCUACUAAGUCUACUAAAUGAGAUAUAUAUGUGUAUGUAUAUGCCUAUAUAUAUUAUUAUAUUUACUAGUUUUUGUGAUAAUGUUAUAAAAAUUAAUAAGAUUGUUUUGUUUUGUAUGAAUGUACGACAAAUCGAGUUGUUCAAUGUAUUGAAUGAAUGUCUUACCAUAGACAUCAGAGCUGUCCAACCAUGUGUAAAUGUAUCUGGUCUUUUGAUCACUGACACUACUUUGCUAUUCAAUCUGGAAUCAACUGACCUGGCUCUGCCAUUGAGAAAUAGCUAAUUAAGAACAAAAUUGUUAAUUUUUAAAAUUAUAUUUCUACUAGAAAUAGCUUUAGACAGUUAAUUUUAGGUGCAAAUAACAGGAUAAAUGCUAUCCGAUCAAGCAUUCAUCAGACAAAUGUUUUUGAGAAUUCACUUAGUGCAAGGCACAGCCGUUGAGGCUGGUAUAUGUGUGGAUAUGUUUGAUUUGAAAACCUUCAUGGUGUCUCUGUGUGUUAUUGAUCAUCUGUGUCUUUUGCUUAAAAUGGCAUUAUUUGUAAUACAAACCUAAUAUCAUGUAUACAAAUAUACUGUAUGUAGCCAAGAACACUAAAUUGGUAAAAUGCUUUAGAAAAUAUACAUUUGAAUUUGAAUAUCUAAUGCCUCAAGCAAAUUUAUUAGAGUUUCAGAUGAAUAUAUAUUUUUGUAACUGCCAAGUAAAUGAGUAGAACAGAGCUUUUUGCCUAAAAAUAUUUUUAUAAGUACUCAUUUACAUAGUAUUCAUUAUUUUAAAUGACAAAAUAUCAAAUUGGUUCUAUAAAUAGUAAUUGUUUUGAAUAUAUCCAUAUUUAACAUCAUAUGAAAUCCAAAAUUUAAUGAUAAAUUUCAUCUGGAUGUAUUAUUAUAAAAGUCAUCUUUUUGCUUUGUAAAAUAUCCAUGUAACAUAGCUCCCAUUACUCCAUAUUUUAUGUAUGGUUAAAAUUAUCAAAAGGGCAUUAUGUAUUUUAUAUCGUUUAUUUUUGUCUGCAUAAAAGAUUGGAAUAGUAACCAUGUAUGAUAAAUGUUAAUAAUAAUAAAGUGAAAUGUAGUAUGCCCA